AUGCUCCUACUAUUAUUCUAUUAUUUGUGUAUUACCAUAUUCGGACGGCAUUCAGCGGUUUUUGCCGAUUUGCAUUCGCUUCUUUCAUCGGCGCCGAGUUUCUCGGAGCCACGUGGCACUCCUGUUGUUCGCCCACUCUCGUAUGAUCUACAAUUGCAAUUUCCACUAUCUGAAGUUUCCGAUCCGGAUGUUCCUUUAUUCACUGGCCGAUGUGUUCUUCAAUUCGAGCUGGUUAACCAAAUAGGGCUCGAAACUGCGUUUUUGAGUGAUUCGACUAGUAAUCGCGCACGGUUAAAGUUUGAUAUCAGUAUGCUUGAUCAUUUUGAGAAUGUUUCGUUGAUUUUUAAUGGAAACGAGCUUGACAUUUUCAAUGUUCUUCUUACGGAUGACUCGAUGGAGAUUUCUUUGGAUCAGCCAGUGCUCUUCACCGGCCGCUACACUUUGACAAUUCAUCGUUACAAGGGUUUGAUCGGUGCAGCGAUAUACUACAGGUGUGUGAUAGACACAAACAGUGAAGGCGUCCGCUUCUUUCUGGAUGCUGGUGAGCACGCAGCGUUUGGCUCAAGCCUUUACCCGAAUAAGGCGCCGGCAGUAUUUCCGUCGUUUUUGUCGGCAACACUGAAAGCCACAUUCUCGAUAUCGAUAAUUCAUCCAAUCGGAACCAUUGCUUUAACAUCGGGCGCGAAUGAUUCAGCGCCGCAGGAAAUCGAUCAAAAUUGGCAGAUCACUAGCUUUGCCACAACUCCUUCAAUUGCGCCAUCGAUGCUAUGCUUCGCGCUUCUUCCAUUAGAAUACACCAAAAUCGAUUCAUCGUAUACGGGCAUUAAUAUGACGGUGCACUACAACAGAUACCGUAUCCAAGCAACUCAGGCGAAACAUUUAUUGCAUACUGCAACACAAGUUUUGUCGCUUUUAAAAGAACUUUUCUCGUCAAUUCUACCGGUUGCCAAAAUCGAUAUAAUCACAAUGAAUGAUGUUGGACAUAGCGCUUGUUUUGGAGCCCUCAUUGUUCCGGAAGCCUCGUUUUUCUCGGCUGAUUACGCGAAUCAGGUUCAGAUGUUGGCCAUGUGGCUCGCAAAACAAUGGAUUGGCGGUCUCGCAGCGAUUUCUGAGGGGGAGCAGAUGUGUUUGCAGGAGGACCUUGUAGCUUUUAUUGCGCUGAAAGUGACUAAACGAAUGACUAAUGAUGAGCAUCUACGGUUGAGCAAUUUGGCGAAGGUCACGCUAACAGAGGACAUCUUUCUUCCGGGAGAAACUUUGAAUCUCAAUGAGCAUCCAAAUGAGCUCGAGAUUGGCGAGAAAUGCGGUUUGAAGGGUGUCUUCUUGUUGGAAUCCAUCGAAGGUUUGACGGAUGAGAAGUAUGUGAUUCAGAAGAUCAAUGAAUUGGUGUACAACUCGAAACAAGGAUCCUAUUCACUUCGGGAUGUUCUUGGACUUCUGAAUCGAACCGUCGAUGGCGAUAUCUAUAUCUCACAGCUUCUCCAUUUUUGGAGAGAUCACGGCGGAUUGCCUUAUAUGAAUGUGGAUCGGAUUGGAUCGACAAUCAAGGUUACUCAAGACGAAGGCAAUUUAACAGUGAAAAAUGGCAAAGGAAUUUGGGAGCGAAUGCCGCUGUGGCCGCUUCCGCUGCGAUUCACCGAAUUCAAAUUGCCCAUCCAGCUCAUGAUCAGUCAAGGCGUGCAUCUCUCGCCGGUUCGCGACGGCCACAUAUUUGCGAAUCUCGGUUUUCCGCAUUUUUAUCGCGUCAAUUAUGAUAUCGACACGUGGCGAAAUAUCAAGAAUAUUCUAACGGAAAACGCGACGCUUUACACGCCGAGCGAACGAUUUCAGCUCGUCUCCGAUUUUUGUCAUUUCUAUUCGAUGAAAGCAUUACCUGAACCAGCAGCAUCAGUUCUUCGCAACGAAUACGUCCAGCUCAUCCGCCUCCGACCCACCUCAUUCCCAAUAUGCGAUGCUGCCAUCUACCAAUGUGUGGUGACGCACGAGCACACUCGACCUAAACACAUUGACCGCAUAACAAUGAUACAAUUACGACGACGAGUCUUCGAAUCGCUGACGAAUGCCUCAGAAAUGGAGUGCAGGACCGGCGACGCUCACGAUGCUUUAAAUGAAGUGUGCACCCGAUUAUACGGUCUCGCUUGCUUAUAA